AGUCCUCACAGUCUGUAGUUUCUCUCAGAGCUGGGUUGUGUAUAGCUGUCCCCUCCCCUUCCUAGUCCCACUGAUAGCAGCCUGCCUGAAUUGUCUGAGCACAUGCAUUCCCUCUGUUUCAUCUCUCACAGUACCCUCAGGCUCUCCUUUCCACUGCACUGUUUAAUAAAUUCCAUAUUUCUGGACAUAUAACUCUUCAUCUUCUGCUUUAUAAAGGACUUCCUAAGCCUUCUGUGCAAAUAAAGCUGUAAGUCAACUUAAUCCUCCCAAGGGACAGAGUCUGAUAGCUGCAUUGGAUUUGGGAGGACAAGCCAGUCCCCAGAAAUAACCUGACUUCAAUGAGCAAAAGUAACGGAGAAGAGCCAAGACCAGAAAACAGGAUGGAACGACUUCAGAAAGGUUUUCGCAAACGUACAGUUUUAGCCAAAGAAAGAGUGCAAAACAUAAAAAAGGAAGAUGUCAAAAACUUUUUUCUGCGGAACUUCUUUGUAGUCUUUACCAUCAUUGCCGUCAUUGUCGGUGUGAUCCUUGGAUUUACCCUCAGACCGUACAAAAUGAGCUACCGCGAAAUCAAAUACUUCUCCUUCCCCGGAGAGCUGCUCAUGAGGAUGCUGCAGAUGUUGGUGCUCCCACUCAUUGUUUCCAGUCUGGUAACAGGAAUGGCUGCGCUGGACAGUAAAGCUUCUGGAAAGAUGGGAAUCCGAGCAGUAGUGUAUUAUAUGACAACUACAGUCAUUGCAGUUAUUAUUGGAAUUAUAAUUGUGGUCAUAGUACACCCAGGAAAAGGAACAAAGGAGAAUAUGCAUCGAGAAGGAAAAAUCGAACAAGUCACAGCUGCAGACGCUUUCCUAGAUCUAAUCAGAAACAUGUUCCCUCCAAAUAUGGUUGAGGCUUGCUUCAAGCAGUUUAAAACAAACUAUGAAAAGAAAACAUUCAAGGUGACUUUGCCUCCCAAUGAAACAUCUACCAUGGCAUCGAUUAUAAACAAUGUGACUGAAGCAGUGCAGGCCCUGACCAUGACACGAGAGGAAGUUAUUCCUGUACCUGGGUCAGUGAAUGGUGUGAACGCAUUGGGAUUAGUGGUCUUUUCCAUGUGUUUUGGUUUGGUCAUUGGGAACAUGAAGGAGCAAGGGCGAGCUCUAAAAGAAUUUUUUGACUCUCUCAAUGAAGCCAUCAUGAGGCUGGUAGCUGUAAUCAUGUGGUAUGCUCCUUUGGGUAUCUUAUUCCUAAUUGCUGGAAAAAUUGUGGAGAUGGAAGAUAUGGGUGUAGUUGGUGGACAACUUGGAAUGUAUACAAUAACAGUAAUUAUUGGCCUGCUCAUACACGCUAUUAUCGUUCUACCAACCAUAUACUUUGCUGUCACCCGUAAGAAUCCCUGGGUCUUCAUUGGAGGAAUCCUGCAAGCAUUGAUUACAGCCCUGGGAACCUCAUCCAGCUCUGCCACACUGCCCAUCACAUUCAAGUGCCUGGAAGAGAACAAUGGUGUGGACAAACGUGUGACUAGAUUUGUGCUUCCAGUGGGUGCAACCAUAAACAUGGAUGGUACUGCGUUAUAUGAAGCCCUGGCAGCCAUUUUCAUUGCUCAAGUUAACAACCUGGACCUGAACUUUGGGCAGAUUAUUACAAUCAGCAUUACAGCAACUGCUGCCAGUAUUGGAGCUGCAGGAAUCCCGCAGGCUGGCCUGGUCACCAUGGUCAUUGUGCUGACAUCUGUUGGGCUGCCCACUGAAGAUAUUACACUCAUUAUCGCAGUUGACUGGUUCCUGGAUCGUCUAAGAACAACAACUAAUGUGCUGGGUGACUCACUUGGAGCAGGUAUAGUUGCACACCUGUCCCGGCAUGAACUAAAGAGUUCAGAUCCUGAAAUGGGCAACUCAGUUGUGGAGGAGAAUGAAAUGAAAAAGCCUUAUCAGCUGAUCUCUCAGGAAAACGAAAAUGAGAAGCCCUUAGACAGCGAAACCAAGAUGUGAGAGUGCUUAGACAAGAGAAAUAAACUGGCUACACAAUGUUCUCCUUCAAUGGUCUCCAACCAACCUUCUCUGAGUCAUAGGAGUAUAACUGGUUAUGUUACAGUCGCUAGCAGUCAGCAGAGAAUGAACCCCACAAAGGUUCUGAAAUGACUUCCCACUCAAAAAAAACAGAUAUUUUGACUAAAUCGGAUGCAAAACUCAUUACUGGAAAGCAGAGGAACAAAAAAUCUAUAAAAUCAUGUUUUUAAAGUGUAGAUAUUGCAAAACAAUGCCUGAAAAACUACUGUGUGUUAUUUUAAAACAUUAUAGCUGCACAGGAAGGCAGUGCCUCACUUUCUUUAGUUAAAUUAUUUUCUUGUGUUUCAUUACUGCAAAACACUACUGAGAGCUACUUCAUAAUACAAAUUUAAUUUGAAAAAAUUAAGACUUUCCACAUAAAAGUUUAAUAUCACCAUCUAGUAUAUUCAGCUUUAAACAAUAUCAGUAAAUAUCAGUAAACAUUGAGUUUUUUAUCACCUACAGUGUAUAUAUAGUCUGACAUCAGAUGACAAUGAAAGUAAUCCAAUAAACAAAAUUAUUAAAAUAAAUAUAACAGACAUGGAUUUCAUAACAAAACUAGUGGACAUAUUGUAUUUGUCUUUCAGAAACAUUGGUCUGCAAAUGUCUUACCGGCUUUAUAGUGUAUGAAUGCGAUGUUAACACAUAAACAAGAACUGAAUCUCACGGAGUCCAUUGGUUCAUUGCAAGUUCUGUUUUGCAGUAAAGAGUUCAGAUCCUGAAAUGUUUGUGCAUUUGUUCAGGCACUUUUUCAUGAUCUUUGUGCAUUUGUUCAGGCAGGGUUAGCAUCUAUUAACAAGCCUUCUGCCCCUAUAGUUCAAAGGACUUUCUAAUUCUAAUGAAAAGAUUAAGUCCGUUAUGUCAUUUCCCUCUUUGUUUAUAUUUUUUUUCUCAAAAAGACUGCAUGCAUCCAGGUGAAGAUACAAGAGAUUUGGCACUUCAUCAAGUUUUAGUUUAUUUGAUGUCAAAUUGUUUAAAAUACUGGGCUACAUGGAAUUUACUAACCUGCCAGUAAUAUCAGAAUCCAUUUAAUACAAUGUGAUAGAGGUUUAAAUUAUGGCAGUUUACUGUGGAGUAAAAUUAAUGUUUUUAAAUCUAAGCAACUUUGAGAAUGUGGAAGGCAUUUUACAUAAGAAUUAAAUUGUAUUUCUUUGCAAGCAUUUGUAGUGCUGCAUUAUUACCUUUUGGUUAGAAGUGCAAUUAUUUUGCAUCCACAAGCUUAAGUUAAUGUUGGAUGCAAGUAAAAUGGCUGAGAAAUGGAAUGUCAUAUUCUAACGUAUCCAACACACUGCUCUGAAUGCUUACAUUUCCAUGAGUGAAAAUACGCAAAUAUCUGAGUAUUAAAGUGACAGAUGAGCUUAUAGACAACAAAGAAAUGUAUCUGUACUUGUUUGCAGGUGUAGGUGUGUGUGCAUAUGUGCACUACUGUUAGGGGAGUACCUCCCACGUGUUGGUAGUACAACCAUGAAAGUAAUCACAGUAAGAUAAGUGUAAGUGAGAGUCAACACCCCAGCAUAUUUUUUUUUAACUUUGUUUUGGGGAGUAUGGUUUGGACAGUAAGGGAUUCGGUAAUUUUAGUAAUCGAGCUGAGUAUGAGUCAUAACACUGAAGAUGAUGUCAUUCAGUAUGCUUAAGUACAGCCAGUAACACCACUUUCCAUAGUACACAUGCCUGUUUAAGGAGUUACAUCCUCAGUGUUUCACUUUUGUCUGUAACACCUCUGUCCUAUUAACCCUGAGGUGCCAGUGACAGGAAAUAAGAUAGCUGAGUUUAGAGAAGGUCUGUUAUUUUUAUGAAAGAACUAGAAAAUGAUUGGAUGAGUGUGAUGAAAUAUGAAUAUAUCUAUAAAAAAGGAAAAAGGGUGCAGGUAGGGGAUAGGUCUUUGCAUUAAUGCAGCAUUCAUAACACAUAUGUGCUUAAACAACACGUGAAUAAAUGGCUCAGAUUAUGAUAAUUCUAGCCAUGCAUGUAAUUUACUUUUUUGACAGAACCCUGGGAUUUAUAAAAGUCGCAAACCCAUAAAGUAUAAACAUGCUCACAUAAUACAAUUGAGUGCUGUAGGAAGUUCUUUGAAGGGGUACUUGUUUUUGGUUUGUUUUUGUUUCCUUUUUUGUUUUAAAAAAACACCAUGUAGAAUUUUCAGGUAAAUUGUGUUUUUCUGUACCUUAGAAUACUCUGGACCUAUUUUCCUAUUCAUAUAGUACAGUGCGAUGAAUUAAAAUUGGUAAUGCCUAACAAGAUAAGACAUUCAUUUUAAAAGUUUGGACUGAAAUUUAUAAAGCUGAAAAAAAACAUGCUAACAGAAUGAAAUCUAGAAUGUACUAUAGAUAUAUAUUCUAUAAAUUGUGAAUAGUUUUAUAGAUGUGUAUACACAUUAACUGUAGAAAAUUUGUAUGAAUAUUUUUGUGCAGCUAUGUACAAAAAAUGCAGCAGAGAAAUAACUUUAUAACUGGACAACUUUCCAUGACAUCAUUUGUAAAUGUUUGUCUUGGUAUAUUGUAAUUUUCUUUUACAAACUGUGUUUUAUAUGGUUAACUGUAUAAGAGGGUACUCAUUGUUGGUAUUACAUUGCUGUUGUGAAAAAUGGAUUGACAAAGUUUACUAUGUAGAUUUUAUUUUCAAUAAAAUAGUUUUUAAUUAAUAUUA